ACGCACCAGACACCGUAACACCGUAAUCUACAACAGUAUCCCUACACAAUACGCUUCGUUUCAGUAGCUACUACCUCCUGAUAAUUCCAUUCUUUCUUGCAUCCAACAAACACACACAGUACACAGCACCAUGAUACGUUCGAGUCGCUUCGCCCUCCUCGCUCUAGUCGUUUUCGCCGCCCUUUCGUUCUUCUUUCUAGGACCUUAUAAAGCACAGCUGCCAACUGCAGGCUCCAUAUUACCUGAUGGGCAGCGGCAAAGUCACUCUGCCGGGGACAGUCAAUCGCUGCUCACAGGGCACGCGAUCGCGCCAAAGCUAGGGAAUGCGACAGCCAAGGCAGAACUCGGCCGCGCGGCAUGGAAAGUCAUGCACACAACCUUCGCUCGAUUCCCAGAGAAGCCUACAGACGAAGAGAAAGAGGCGCUGCGGCAAUAUGUCCACCUGUUCCAGCGACUCUACCCUUGCGGAGAGUGCGCCGAGCACUUUGGCCAGGUCCUCAAGAAAUACCCCCCGCAGGUUUCUUCGCAGAAAGCGGCAGCACAGUGGGGCUGUUUUGUACACAAUGUCGUCAACAAGCGGCUGAAGAAGGCCGAGUUCGACUGCGACGAGAUAGCAAGUCACUACGACUGUGGCUGCGCGGAUGAGGAGAAGGAGCCGAAGACUGCAUGAUCAAGUUGACAUAUCGCGCUAUGCGAAAAGCAAGCAUCAGCUGCAGGAAUGUCUGGGGGCAAU